AUGCGUUUCGGAAAAACCUUGCAAAACUCUAUCUACCCUCCGUGGAAGGACAAAUACAUCGACUAUGCCAAGGUCAAGCGUCUUCUGCGAGAGAAUGAAAUCGACGGCGAUGAAAGCGACAAUGAGGUCCAGCCAUGGACGGAGCAAGACGAAGAAGCGUUCGUGCAGGAACUAAUCAACGUCCAGUUGGACAAAGUCAAUGCUUUUCAGUCCGAGACUUCCCAAAAGUUGCGAGAACAAACUGCCGCUUGCGAAUCUAAACUCAGUUCAAUCGUCAAGAAGCCCGCCGACCAGGAACAGCCUGUCAGUGACGAGACGGAGCGGAGGAAGGUCGCCAGUGACGUCCUCCAAGAGCUUGACAAUAUCACCAAGGAGGUCAGCGAACUAGAAAAGUAUAGCCGAAUCAACUUUACUGGCUUCCUCAAGGCAGCCAAGAAGCACGACCGUAAGCGUGGCGCGAGAUAUCGAAUUCGUGCGCUACUACAAGUCCGACUUUCGAACCGGCCCUUCAACACGGAGGAUUACUCUCCACUUUUAAAUAGACUGGCAGCAAUGUAUACUUUUGCGCGAGAAACACUCGAGCAGAAGCCGGCAGGUCCACAGAAACAAGUCGGCGAGGGUCGUUCCGCCCACGACGCGUAUGUUUCAUACAAAUUCUGGGUGCAUUCUGACAAUAUUUUGGAAGUCAAGACUCAUAUUCUGCGACGACUGCCGGUUCUGCUCUACAAUCCUACUACCUCUAAAGAGCUUGACGUUUCACAAAAAGACCCGACAAUCACAUCGCUUUAUUUUGACAACCCUCAGUUUGAUUUGUACAACGAAAAGGUUGCUAAAGCCCCUGAAGCUGGUUCGCUACGUCUUCGUUGGUCGGGAGACCUGAAUGACAAGCCUUCUAUCUUUUUGGAGAAGAAAGUUGUCACCGAUAAUGACAGCAGCCAUGAAGUCCGAGUUCAGCUUAAAGAGAAACACGUAAUGGAAUUUUUACGAGGGGAGUACAGGUUGGAAAAGAAGAUCAACCGGCUUGAGGGCGUAGCCUAUGGAGAGUCACAGGAAGCAGAAGGGCUCAAAAACGAUGUGGAAGACCUUCAGUCAUUUAUCAAAAAGAAUGGUUUGCAACCGAUGCUCCGAGCAAACUAUACCAGGACCGCCUUCCAAAUCCCUGGAGACGACCGGGUUCGAAUUUCACUUGAUACAAACCUUGCAUUGAUUCGGGAGGACUCGCUAGACCCGGAACGACCAUGCCGAGACCCUGAGGAUUGGCAUCGGAGAGACAUCGAUGAUAAUGCCAUGCAGUACCCCUUCUCCUCUAUCAACAAGGGCGAAAUUGUGAGAUUUCCCCAUGCAUUGUUGGAAAUCAAAUUACGACCCAGCACACGCCACAUAGAGUGGCUGAAUGACCUGAUGGUUUCACAUCUCGUGAAAGAGGCCCCUCGAUUUUCCAAAUUUGCUCACGGAGUAGCUCAGCUAUUUGAGGACUAUAUCAACACUCUUCCCUUCUGGCUGAGCGAGCUUGAUCAAGACAUCCGCCGCAAUCCUGAAACUGCAUUCCAAGAGGAACAAGAGAGACUGGCAAAGCGGGCCGAGGAAGAAAUGGUCGUCGGUAGUUUCCUCGGGUCAAAGGCCAGUCCUUUGCAGACGAUGAUGGUUGGAUCGCCGAUUUCGCGGAUGAAUGCUGGAAGAGGAAUGUCCCCCGCUCGGUCGUCUGUGGGAACAGGUGGGCUACCAAUUCCUGGGCCUUCAUCAAUGUCAGGUGCUGCCCGAGAAGGUCAAGCUGAAGCCGAAAGAAAGAGACAAAUUAGCAUUGCUAGACCAGGUGCCCAGCAAGCUGAAGGGGAUGAGACGGCAGAGCCGUCUUAUCUUAGCAAUCUGUUCCCAUCAUUCUCGAUGUCCCGCUACGCUCAAUCCCAUCGUCAACGUCCUCGCCUUCCUCCUGGCGUCGAGGCGCCAACUGUGUGGAUCAAGGAUUCUGGACCAGUCCGUGUCGAGUCGAAAGUGUGGUUGGCCAACCAACGAACUUUCAUCAAAUGGCAGCAUGUCAGCGUUUUGCUGGCAUCUCUGUCAUUAGCUUUGUACAACGCUGCCGGCAUGGAUAACAUGGUUGCCCAGGUGCUAGCAAUAGUAUACACCAGCUUUGCCGUGUUUGCUUCAGUUUGGGGGUGGUACAUGCACGAGAGACGAGCUCGUCUGAUCCGCGAACGCAGCGGCAAGGACCUGGAUAAUUUGAUAGGACCGGUUGUGGUGUGUGUCGGGCUUGCGGCUGCCCUUGUUUUGAAUUUUGUCUUCAAGUAUCGGGCCGCACUGAGCGAACUAGGCAAUGAUCAAAACAGUGGAGUUGUCCCUGUUGUAAACACAACAGGAGAGUCAAACACGCUAGGACUGGUCAAACAAGGAGCUUACUAA